CUCCUGUACUCAGCGCUUUCUAUAUCACACUUACACGACUAAACAUGGCUUUUGUGAAGAAAUCUCUUUUCCUCGUACUAUUCCUUGGAUUAGUCUCACUGUCAUUCUGUGAAGAACAGAAAAGAGAGGAAGAAGAGAAGAAAAGAGAUGGUAGUGAGGAGGAAGAGAAGAGAUUUUUGCCAUGGUUAGGCCGUCGUGAUGAAGAGAAGAGAUUUUUGCCAUGGUUAGGCCGUCGUGAUGAAGAGAAGAGAUUUUUGCCAUGGUUAGGCCGUCGUGAUGAAGAGAAGAGAUUUUUGCCAUGGUUAGGCCGUCGUGAUGAAGAGAAGAGAUUUUUGCCAUGGUUAGGCCGUCGUGAUGAAGAGAAGAGAUUUUUGCCAUGGUUAGGCCGUCGUGAUGAAGAGAAGAGAUUUUUGCCAUGGUUAGGCCGUCGUGAUGAAGAGAAGAGAUUUUUGCCAUGGUUAGGUCGUCGUGAUGAAGAGAAGAGAUUUUUGCCAUGGUUAGGCCGUCGUGAUGAAGAGAAGAGAUUUUUGCCAUGGUUAGGCCGUCGUGAUGAAGAGAAGAGAUUUUUGCCAUGGUUAGGCCGUCGUGAUGAAGAGAAGAGAUUUUUGCCAUGGUUAGGCCGUCGUGAUUAA